AUGGCGAAGGGUUCCACCUGCAAGCUGAAUGUGUGGUUAUCGGCUCCCCUGUGGCUUGGUGGACGUCACUGCUACCCAGCUGCUGCAAGGCCCCAGCACACCGGACGCGUCGCUGCAGGGCUGCAAAUUGAGUGGAGGGAUCCCCAGAUCACACAUGGCCCAAGCCGCUGA